ACCCAAUGAUGCCCGGAAGCUCUGGUGGUACAAACCCUAUGAUGCCAGGAGGUUCUAUGACCGGGACAAGUUCAGGAACGCGCACGUCUGCAGGUUCCGGAGGUUCGAAUCCAGCUGCUCCGUCGUCUUCACCGCUUGAUCCCCUUGGUGCUAUGUCAGGUGGCGCACAGAAAUUUUCAGGCGGAAGCAGUUUAAUGGAUCCGAUGGGGUUUAUGGGAGGUGGGGGACUUACAGGAAACAUGAGCAAUAUGUUUUCUUUGACUGGCAAAAGAGCAAUCGAUUUGUUUAAAGGCAUGGCCAAACACAACGUGAAGACAAUAAAAGAAGAUAAUGGUUUGGUGGGACUUCUCGCAGGAUCAGUAGCAUACAACGAGAAAUAUUAACGACUAAUUAGAGACAAAAAUUGGACGACAUUUAAUUCGAAUAACAUACAUUCUCGUGAAUACUACAUAUCAACAUAUAACAUAUCAUAUGUUAUAACAUAUAACAUGUAAACCAGUAUAACCUUUGUCAUGAUUUAUAUUAAGAUAUAAAUCUAUACAAAAAAUAUUGCAUUUUGUUACGAGUACAACAGAAAUACAUUUUAUAAUCAUGCAGAAUGUUUUUAAACUUUAUAAAAUGCGUAAGCUUAUGUAACCUUUAAAUUCUGGCAUUUUAGAGGUGAUCCUAAUUAUUUAUGUGAUAAGACCAU